UGGUUCGGAUCUCCAGCAUUGACAGAAGGGCUCCACUGCGCAAAGAUUCUAUUUUCUUUACUUUCCUUAGAUCUCGGUAAUUGCCAGGCGCCGAACCUCCUUCUCGACGGUCGUGGGCUCCAAUAUGCUAUUUUGGCGCCGGAUGAUCACAACCGGGAUCCGGGACAGCUUCUGAACGGUUCAGGGUCGUCACUUGGAGUAGAUCGUUACAACGAGAUCCCUCUUCCUCAAGCUAUGGGUGACAGCAAAGGUAAAGUUACGCUUCUGGAGAGCUACAAGAAAAUCCAAGAUUCGAAAGUGAUGGGGCCUCUGAGCUGCAAAAACGCCACCAUUGUCAGUCAGUAUCUUUGUUCUGUUCCUCAACAAAAGAACGGUGGCGUUAUGUUGUUUUCGAUUCUGCUAGCGAAUCUUGUUUUUCUCCAAGCAGCUUGGAGAAUACUGACUUGGACUGCUGAUGGGCUGAUAUCGAAAGGAAAUACGGAGGCUAUGUUUUGUCAGGGCUGUCAAGCCAAGAAUGGCUCCUAUCAGUCAUUGCAGGACUUCAACACGACUAGAAACGGCCUUGAGGCAGCCCCGGGCAAGACUAUGGUAUGGAGUGAGAGCAGAGAGACGAUAUCCAGAGAGUGA